UUUUAUAUCAAUAUGGAGUAGCGGAGAGUAUUGAGCAAUUCUUCGGAAUUUGUUUAUUUACAUUGUUUAGUAUAAAUAUUUAUAGUGCAUAAUGGAUAUACUCCCAGGUAUAUGGUAGUUAGAGUGUCGGUGGAUCUUUCUGUGACCAUAGUUCUAGUGUCUGUUGUAUUUUCCCAUUAGUUUUCCUGUGUACAAUUUAGAUAUGGAGGGUGUUAAUGCCUCUUUCAAAAAAGGCCCAGGCCUUUAUGAGUUCCUUGUUGAAGCUGAACUCCAACAUUACUUUAACAGCUUCAAGAACACAUUAAAAAUUACGCAUCCCUCACAAAUCAAAUUCACGGCCGAAAGUGACUUGGUAGAAAUUGGCAUGUCCAAGCCAGAAAUCAGAAGACUGAGGAAAUAUUAUGAGAAACACUUUCCUCACAAUUAUUUGUCUAAGUUUAAAAAGUUGUUGAGUCAUAGGAAACAGGAGAGUUCUGGGACUGAUGCUUGUCUACUUGCUAACACUGACUCCAUGUCAGUCACUCGGUCACCUAGGGUGUCCAGCAAACACAUCAUACCAUCAGCGAGUAUUACAAUCAAUAAAGAAUUGGGUAUGGGGGAAUUUGGGGUUGUACAACAGGGUGUUUGGUGUAAUGAGGGUGAACGAAUACAGGUGGCAAUAAAAUGUCUUUCGAGAGACCGAAUGCAGAGCAACAUGGUCGAAUUCCUGAAGGAAGCCUCCAUAAUGCACAACAUCGACCAUCCAAAUAUAGUGAGAUUCUUCGGCGUCGUCCUGCCGAACGUCGAGGGCAGUCUGAUGCUCGUUACGGAGCUGGCGCCGUUACGUUCGCUUCUCGAAUGCCUUAAGGAACCGUCGCUUAGGUCCAGUUUUCCAGUUUUGACCCUCUGCGAUUUCGCUUAUCAAAUCUGUGACGGUAUGCAGUAUUUGGAAGCCAACAGACUGAUACAUAGAGAUCUGGCUGCGAGAAAUAUUUUGGUAUUCUCCAAAAACAAAGUAAAAAUCUCCGACUUCGGGCUGAGCCGCGCCCUCGGUCAGGGUAAAGACUACUACCAGACCAACUUCAACGUCAACCUGAAGCUACCGAUAGCGUGGUGCGCCCCCGAAUGCAUCAGCUACCUCCGCUUCACCACCGCCAGCGAUGUGUGGGCUUUCGGCGUCACCCUAUGGGAGAUGUUCUCGUACGGCUUCCAGCCCUGGGCCGCCCUGACCGGCCAGCAAAUCCUCGAAGCCAUCGACGAGCCCAACUUCCAGAGACUGGAACAGCCGGACUGUUGUCCGCUGGACCACUACAACUUGAUGUUGGACUGUUGGAAGCACGAGGCGAACUCGAGGCCCAAAUUCGCCGACAUCGGGCCCAUUUUGGCAGACUGUCGGCCGGAGCAAGUGCAGGCGAAAAUGACAUCGUCGGAGGGGCCGCACAUGUUGACGUUUAGGGUUGGCGACGUCAUAACCGUCCUGGAUAAAAAGACGCACCAUCCGUUAUGGAAGGGCGCAACAGCGGGGGGCAAGACCGGCUUGUUUGACCCCAUGAACGUGGUGGCAUAUCUGGGAAGUGACUUACCCAGCUCCACGUUCUUAAGGACGGACACCUCGAGGAACUCGUCCAGGCGUAAACUUAGAAGCGAGAUGAUUAGUGCUCCUCAGGGUGAUUUUAAACAUAUUGGGCACGUUGGUUUGGAUGGGGCCUACUGCGGUGACAUCAGUUUCCUCGGGGGCUCUAAAGGAAAUUACGGUAGCGUUCCUACACAAAUUGUGGCCCCCUACAGGCCACACAAAGACUUAGAAGCGGCUCCAUUACUUGAAGGUGAUCAUGUUCCUGCUCCAGCUCCUCUACAGGACCACGAGUAUCAUGAAAUCAGCGAUGAGGAAACGAAUCAUAGCCCCCAUUUAGAUUUAGGACCGUCUCUCAUGGCCGAAAUGGAGAUGAUGUUUAGCUCUCUGGGGACCCAAAAUCAUGCUGCACCAUACGCAGCGGAUCAUGAGGGUUCCAACCGCAGCAACGAAUUAAGAGAAAAAAUGAACACUAAAUCCAGGAAACAGGCAACUGUGAAGCCGAUCUCAGCACACGAUCAAAAAACCCUCGACGCAGCUAUCCAGCUGGCCAAUGAACUGACGACGAAAUCGCUGAGUGCUCCGGCUCCUGUCACCCCUGCGUCGCCUAACAAGAAAAAAUUCAGCUUCAAGUUUCCGUCAGUGCACGACCACGAUAAAACUGUCGAGAGGCGUAACUUUUCAGAGGAGGCUCUGUCCACGUCGGACCUCCAGUCUAAGGUAACCCAGGAGGCGCAGAUGGCUUAUCAGGGAUUGGUUGAGAGCCCAUCAGCAGAAGUCACACAGCUGAUGACCACAAAUCCGUUAAGAAUCCUGAGAACCAAUCAACCUGUAAUUCAGACAAGAAACAGGUCCGCAAGUGUUGCAGGAACGGCUCCAGUGGAUAAACUUCAGGGCGUUUCCCGCAAUUCCGUCCCGGAAAAUCUAAACGGAUCCAGAACAGACUGUUCCACUUUAGUAUCUCUGACAAGGGGUAAUUCUCAACGUUCCGCCACUUUAGAGAGACCCAAGGAGGAGAAUCCAAUACCGCUGCCGCCUCGGGAUCGGAACAAAACUCUUCUGACGCCCAAGCCCCGUCAUACCAGGAAACAUCCGUUGAUUAUCCCACCGUCAAGCCUGCAACGUACUUUGGAUAAGGUGAACACGGUGUCGCCGCCUCCAACUCAGCCGGUGGAUCCGUUUCGUACAGUACCCAUAGAGCCGGUUUAUUCAAAUAAUAUGGUCCACCUGACCGAUAAGAAUCCGGAAAGUAUCAAUUUCGAGGCUCAGAUCGAGAAUAACUUGAACGCACUGGAUAACAUACCGGCUGAACAGGAUAUAGUGGACGGUGUGGGGGAUGACUUCAGUACAAAGAACGACGUGGACAAACUUAGUCACCACGUAAGCUGUGAGGACUUACUGAAGUUCGCCAAUACUAAACCUAGUUCGAGGACAAGAGGAAACGAUUCUGAUGAAGUGCGGAUCAUGUCAAAAGUUCUGGGAAAGGAUGUUACAACAGAAAAGUGUCUGGAAGCAUUGGAUCAAAUAGACUGGGACGUAAUGAAAGCGAUCAAGAUCCUUAAAGUGCAAAAUGUUGUAGUCUGUGCAAAUUUAAGCACUUGUUUAAGUGCUCUAGAAAAGUCGACCUGGGACGUUACCAAAGCAGCGCAAUGGAUAUUACAGCAAGAUGAAGUCACUCAAGUAUAAUCGUUUUUGUCUUUUUUAUUGCCUUUUUGUUUGUUAAAUUUUUGGAUUUAAUUUAGUUGACCUUUUUAAAAAUUUAUUUAUUAAUCUUGCCAAUUAUAUUAUAUUUAUAUGAAUUUAAUUAUGUUACUCUAACAUAUUUAUACCAAUAAAAUUUUUUAUACAUUA